CGCUCCUGGAGAUGUGGCGAUUCGGCGGUCCCCUGCCACUUGAGCGUGUGCGCCACGCGCCACCUCUCCAUUACUCCGCGCCCCCGGACGCCCCACAUUCCUCGCACGACCUCCUCUUUUAAACCAUCGCACUGUGAUAGAUUUCACGAUUUUAUUAACACUGCUAAGGGUAAAUUUGGACUGAAGGGUAUCUGGUCCCCAGCUUUCUUUUUGGAAGUAUACCGCUUUCCAACCCUUUCUAAACCGCCGGUCACUGAGGAAAACCCACGGCUCCGCCUCCCGAUGCCAUAUAAACUCCCACCUUUGCACCCCACCUCUCGCCCCAGGUCCCAUCCCUCCUACCGUUCCAUUCUAUUCUCGUCUCUUUCGAUUCCUCCUGUUCCCAUCUCCCCUUCCUACAUUAGCUAUCCAGAGGGUAGCGCCGCCGUCCGUCCGUCAGCCAUGAGGAUGAGCUGCAACGGCUGCCGGGUCCUCCGGAAGGGGUGCAGCGACGACUGCACCAUCCGGCCCUGCCUCCAGUGGAUCAAGACCUCCGAGGCCCAGGCCAAUGCCACCGUCUUCCUUGCCAAGUUCUACGGCCGCGCCGGCCUCAUGAACCUCAUCAACGCCGGCACCGACCAACUCCGCCCUGCUAUAUUCCGCUCGCUGCUGUACGAAGCCUGCGGUCGGAUCGUGAACCCGAUCUACGGCUCGGUCGGGCUGCUGUGGUCUGGAAACUGGUCGCUUUGCCAGGCCGCCGUGGAGAACGUUCUCUGUGGCGCGCCCAUCACCCAGAUCUCCUCCGACUCGGCCGCGGCCGCCGUCCCACCCACCAAGGCCUACGACAUCCGCCACGUGGCGAAGAACUCGGACUCCGCUGCGGAUCUACACAAGGUCGCCAAGCCCCGCCAACGCUUCAAGCGCUCGGGCCAUGUCAUCAAGCCCAAGGCCAUGCCCGGCUUCAUCGCCGCCGAGCCGGGCGGGGACGAUCCGGCCGUGGUCUGGCCCGGCGGGAGCUGCCCGGUCGAGCCGGCGAAUAGAGGGGAGAGCCGGGAGAACGGGAGCGUGUUCUCGGCGGAGUCGGUGGAGGGGUCGCACGUGAGCCAGGCGGAGCCGAACGACAGCGCGCCGGAGGCGGAGGUGGUGGAGCUGGAUCUGACCCUGGGACUCCGGAUGGCGGUCCGUCCGGUUGAGGGGGCACGGCUCCAGGUGGGCGCCUGUGAAGCUGACGCGUGUCCGGUGGAGCUUGGGCUCGGCCUGAUCGCGUGAGCUGGUGCCUGCUCCUGGAUGCCGAUAGAAACAUCCAGUAGCCGAUAGUGGCUACAGUAGCGGGGGCGCGGCGAUUUUGUCUGUCUCUUUUUUUUCUCCUAAUCUUUUAUUUUCUAUAGAAAUCCGUUGUAAUAGUCUUUUGUUCUCUUUUAUUCUCUCUCCUCUGUCAGCAUCUUGGUACUUACUUUAUAGCUAGGCUUUCAACUUUAGGUUCCUCCGCCCUUGUAUAGAGUGGUAUCUCGUUAUUUUCAUUAAAUAGAAGAGUCCAAAUAUUUCCACCAUCGUUA